GUAAAAUAUACGAACGCAAAACGCUUCCUAUUUGACCUAAUUAGAAAUCUUUCGACUACUCAGCUCAACAAGAGAGGUAGAAAAAGGAAUCCGAUUUCGAAAAUUUUCGCCGCCUCCGUCCGUCGUCUUCGAUCUCUUUCUUUAGUUGAAGAGGAAGCCAAUCUUCUGGUAGCAAGGUUUCUCUCUUUGCUUCCGAUUUCUUCUUUACGGAUCUCUAAAUCUUUUGAUUCGAGAAGAUGCUUCCUCUUUCGCUGCUCAAGACUGCUCAAGGGCAUCCCAUGCUUGUGGAGCUCAAGAAUGGCGAGACAUACAAUGGGCAUUUAGUGAAUUGUGAUACGUGGAUGAACAUUCAUCUUCGUGAAGUCAUCUGCACAUCAAAGGACGGAGACAGGUUUUGGAGGAUGCCGGAGUGUUACAUCCGCGGUAACACGAUCAAGUACCUUCGAGUUCCAGAUGAGGUGAUUGAUAAAGUACAGGAGGAGAAGACCCGCACAGAUAGAAAACCACCAGGGGUUGGACGUGGGAGAGGACGUGGUAUGGACGAUGGAGGGGCCAGAGGCCGUGGCCGAGGAGCUCCAAUGGCGAAGAUGAGUGGCAACAGAGGAGCAGGUCGUGGCCGCGGUUGAUGCAACAACUUAUAUAAAAAGACUAUCCAAUCUCUUGCUGCUGCUGCACACUCGCAUUUUAAGAGUUCUCUUGUCUGUUUUUAUUUUAUCUUUGAGCUGAAUAUAUAAAACUAAUCACAAUGAACUGAAUGUGUUUCAAAAAAAAAAAAUCACAAUGAGCUGAAUAUAAAUAUUCAAGCUGUUCUAAGCUUUUAUCUUACCA